AUGAUGCGGGAAUGGUUAGCGCUUUAUGAAGACCAAGGCAAUUCACAUAUUCAGAUGCGCACGACAUCCUUUCAACUACCUCCUGAUACGUUCCCAUCUGUGGUUUCUACAAGCGAUCUGGCACGAGAAAUAGACACUGUUGAAGAGUUUCUCAGCACCUCGCCAUCGCCUGUCGUCUUUUGCCACAAUGAUCUCACUUCUGGGAACUUGUUGAUCAGCACGAGCAAAUCCGUCGAUUCGUCGACGCCUGAUGGGAUCUUAUUGAACGGAAACGACAAAGAGUCCUUGUCCCUGAACCUGGUCGAUUUUGAAUUCAGCUUUUAUAACUACAGGGGCUUUGACUUGGCUAACUAUUUCUGCGCCUCGGCUAUUGAACACAAUCUUCGCGAGUAUCCACGCUAUCGAAUCGAUCUAAACAAACUGCAUAAUCGAUCGAUGAAAAUGGAGUUUUGUAAGGAGUACGUUCGAGAAGCCAAAAAGCUGAACAUCUCUAUUAAAUCGGACCUUAGCCUUCUACGGGAAAUCAAUCAGUUCGAACCGGUCGUUAACUUAUUCUGGGCUAUAUUUAAUCUAUAUUGUGAAAAGGACACUUUGGCAAUAAUGGAUUGCGAAGCAUACGCUUGUGACCGACUUGCUCUUUACUAUCAAUCACGAAGUUAUUUUAUGUGA